AUGAAUCGUAAGGUCUGUACAAUUUGUCGUGGGCAAUUUGUGGUGAAGAGGAGCGAUGGGAAAGCGAUCACAGAAACGAAACAGAUCAUUUCAUCAGAGCACGAAUAUUCGGACGAGGAAAAGGAGAAUCGCAAAGCUUUGGUUGAAUACAUUCCACCAUCUGAAAAAAGGAGACGUCGUAAAGGUUUGAUCAGAUUGUUCAAAGACGAUGUGUAUGCAGAGGAAGUUCUCAAGGAACGAGGUUUAGGCCGAGCGUCGCGUAAAGAGAAGGAAAAGCGUAUAGACGAUGAAGAAAAAUUCCUCAAAGCCCUAUCGCCUGAUGGGCCAGAAUAUGCGGAUGCGAAGAAGUUCUUGGUUUCGACGAGAUUUGUUCGAGUGCGUGAGGAAUUAACAAAGAAACUAUUUGACAUUUAUCGUCGACGAUGUUUCGAUGAAAAGGAUUCAUUGGACCAUGAGUCGUUGGCGGAAGCGGUCUAUGAGCAAUGGAUCCAUUUUGAUAUCAAAUACUCCACUGAACCAAUGCUCCCUUUAUCUUCAACUCCAUCUGCUCGUAAGAAAGUGAUCCACAAUAUAAGUGUGGUUUUGCAAAAUUUUCAGAUUAACUCGUUGGUUGAUAUUGGUACAUCAUUUCAUUACCAAAUUGCUGAGUUGACUGAUGAAUUUGAAGAUAAUUCAGGAUUCACAACAGCAAACGAUGAUCAAAAGAACAAUUCGGAAGCAAUCUCAUGGGCGACAAUGUCAAUAAUGUUGAUAUUUAUUUUUGAUUUUCCAUCUUCUGAUUAUCGUUUUCUUUCAUUGAAGAAGCCUCGUCGUAUGCUACUGCUGGAACUAACUGAUGGUCAGACGAAUCUGAAAGCUAUCGAAUACCGCCCCAUCAAAGACUUAUCGUUACUGACUUGUCCUGGAUGUAAAAUUCUAGUCUAUGGUGCGAUUGAAAUGCGUCGGAAUAUCCUCUUUCUAACAGAAUCAAAUUCAAUGGUACUUGGUGGUCAUGAUGAGACACUAAUGAAGACAAAUCGUCCUGUCGAGGUGAUGGCUCGUGCACUCGGUAAAGAUAUUACCAAUAAGGUGGCAUCGGUCGGUAAGCAGACUACUAAAUCUCAAGACAGAAAAGCUGUACCGUCAAGAUUAAACUCUCCAGAAACACCGAAAACAAAUGCCACAUCAUCAGCAUCUUCCUUACUACCGAGACCUGUAAUGGAGGUUAAACCGCUUGCUGAUAAGCACAGCCGCAGCGACGAUCGGACUAAGUCGUCUAAUGACAGUCCACUCUCAUCAUCUGUAUGUGCUUCUUUUCGAUUCGAUCCGGUCACGACACCAUUGACAGCACAACAUUCAUCUUCACGUACUAGUAAAAAUCUUCCAUCGACCUUCCAAAGGAAGAUACCUGUAACAUCAACUCCAUUGGAACAACACUCAUACACUAAGCAUUCAGCAGGUUCAAGUUCAUCGCCGUAUGAAUUCCACUCAAAACGUAUCAAAAUUGAAGAAGAAAACGACGAUGAUAUUAUGGUCAUCGAUGUAAGGCAAAGUUGGCAGUCAUCAUCGAGUCUCUUUGUGCCUACUCACACACCUUUAACUAAAAGAAAUUCAUCUGUGAGGCAGAAACGGAGCAUAUUGAGGUCAGAUGACCCAGUGAUGUUGCGAUAUAAUCGCUCAGAAAUUGUUUUUAUCGAAGAUGCGAUGAGCGUUGCUCGGAUUCUUGAAAUCAUUUCGGCUGUCAUAGCCGAUCCUUUCUUUGCCGUCUGGGCGUCCCUAGCGAGUUUGUUGGCAGUAAUGAAAGAUAUUGCUAUACCGUUAAGGAUCGUUGACGAUAUAUGGACAAUGCGAAUUGUAUUGAGUGAUGAAAGCUGUGAAAAACUUGAAUGUGUUGUUUCUCAUUCCGUGCUUGUUGAACUUAUUGGAAUGACACCACAAGAAGCGAUGGAGAUUCGAGCUAGUAAAGAUAAGGAUCGUCGACGAGAAGGUACGCUUCGGUUGAAGUCGGUCCAAGAGUCGAUGGAGCGAUUGGAUGUGGUAUGGGAUAUGGAGUUAUAUUCAUCGGUAACGUCAACUCCGGUCAUUCGCAAAAUGCAAACACUAGCUCAAAAACUUGACCUUAUAAAAUGA